AUUUCUAAAACAGUAUUUAGUGAAAAUAUAUAUAUGAUAUUUUUAUCAUAUUUAAGAAUCAAUCUUGCAAUUGAAAUUUUGCCUGUUCUUAUAAAAUUUCUGGCCCAAUGUAUAUUCAAUUAAUAGCAUCCUCUGAGGUGUCAACAGUUACUUUAAAUUCUCAUUAUGCUAAUUUUUUUACAUUUUAUUACCAUUUGCUUUUGAAUUUACAAAACUUUUCCCACUUAUUUGCUGUAUUUUAAAAGAUCAUAUUCAGUGUUAUUCUUACAGUCAAGUAACUUCUAUAACUCUUGCAUGUGAAUAUGAAACAGCAGUGUUAAACAGUGCCAAAUACUAGCACCUGAGGAUGGAGACAGAUUCAGUUUCUGAAAUGUGUUCUUUUCAGAAUACCAGACAAUGCAUAAAUUCAAGAAAUCUAGUUGGUAAUUGUAUCAUAAUAUACCAUCAUUAAAACCCUGUAGAACUGUAUUGUAAUUUUCUUGAAAUUUUAUAAACAUUGAAUCCUCAAACAAAUAAAAACGUGUGUGCCCCCAACGUUGUUGGACAGAGUGUAACCAUCUAUCUUGACUCUCAACUAGUAGAAUACAAAGGUUCAAUACAACUAAGUAAGUCCACCAUUGUGAGCUGUAUAGUCUUCUAGGUGGUGGUUAGGAUACCCACCAGCAAAAUUACAUUAUCACAGGAAAGACCACAAAGGUUUCAAACAUAGCACAAGGAACCACAUAAUGAGAUUUUUACAAUCCUAACAUGAACAGGUAUUGCCCCUCCACCUAAAAGAGUGGGUUCAACAGAGACAGAAUCUAAUCGACAUACAGGUUAAGCCACAAGGUCUGAGAUCUAUAGUAAGAUGAGUGACCAUUGAAAUUGACUUUGCCGUCUGAUCGAUCCAACGUGACAAUCAGGAAGGUACAUCGUAUAUAUUGACUGGUGUAUAUAUAUGAAUAUACGACUCACGGUCAUACCUCACCUUGACCUUGGUCAUGGAAAGAGUUCUCCAAAACCCCGGUUUUAACGAGGUUGUGAAGCUGAAAUUUUUAAUACAUUCGUUUGCAUUGAAGGGCUGAAACUUGCAUAAACCAUCAAAACGAGGGGAAGAUGGAUUCUACAUUGCAAUGUCACCAUGCGGAGUGCAAGGUUAAAUAUACAGUUAAAAUGCUCAGCAAUGUUGAGGUGGUGCUAAGAUGGUGCACAAGAAACUAUCAUCAUUGGAAGAGAAAGAAUUUGGCAUUUGCCAGCAGUUACGCAACACUAGCAGAUUCUUCUAGUCCAAAUACUUUCUGGUUUAACAGAAGCAUAAUGAAACACGAGAAACAGCAGCAGAAAUAUGAUAGUUUCUUGGUGUUAGAUUUUGAAGCUACAUGUGAGCGAGGAAGAGCAAUUGAGCCUCAGGAAAUAAUUGAAUUUCCAUGUAUUAAAAUAAAUGUGCAUACCGGUGAAAUAGAUGAUAUAUUUCAUCAAUAUAUUAAGCCAAAAUUAAUUCCAAUUAUUACACCUUUCUGUACUGAACUUACUGGAAUUAUGCAGGAAAUGGUAAAUAAUGAACCAUACUUUGAAGAAACAUUUUUUCAAUUUCAAGAGUGGCUGGAGGAAACAAAAUGUUUUAAUUCAGGCAACAGAAGUAUAUUUGUAACUUCUGGUGACUGGGACUUACAGGUUAUGUUGCCAAAACAGUGCCAGCUAUCCAACAUGGAUAUACCAUUUGAGAUGAAACAAUGGAUAAAUAUUAAAAAGGCAUUUGCUGCCGCAACAGGUUACUUUCCAAGGGGAAUAAUUGAUAUGCUAACAAAAUUACAGUUAUCUCACCAAGGAAGAUUGCAUAGUGGAAUAGAUGACUGCCAUAAUAUUGCAACAAUUUUGAAAGCACUAAUAGGUCGGGGAUUUGUGUUUGAAGAAACAAGUCAUCUGAAAUUGAAUAAAAUUUGAGGGCGCAGCAAUCUGUCCCUCCUUCAUGACAGUCUCAGUUACUACAUCAGUCAGUGGCCCACCAUCGAGCAGUUCCAUUAUGACCUGUAAGGGAUGUGAGAACUGAAUCAAAAUUACAGUGAAGAUUAUGUUUUUACGUUAAGGUUAUGCAAUGGCAGGUACGCAUUAUUUUAAUUCAGCAAAACAAAACAGGAUUUUGAAACGUUGCUGUGCUAAUAACCAUAUUACCUGAAAAUCAUCAUCUAGGUACUAGAUAAUUUUCUUCGAAGUGCCUCAAUAAAUAAAUUAAACACUGUUAGCAAUUCUGAACAUCACUGACAAUCUGUUAUGUAUGGAAAAUUAUAGGGCACUUCAAAAUGCAAAAAUUUGUUAUUUCAAGUUUACUAUAUUCUGUUGCGAUGUUAAAACUUUAAAAAAAAAUAUUGAAAAUAUUAAACUGUUAUACUGAUCACAAAUGUGAUAAGAAGACUCAGUCUUUAUUUGUAGAACUCAUUGCGUUAAGACUAAAAGCAAUUAAAAUGUUUUUAUGUAGGGAGUUGGACAGAAAAUGAAUGUCGCUACAUAAUAUUUCUCAAUAAAACGAUCUGAACGUUGCAGUCGCUUCUAA